UAGACUGUUACUUCAUAACCUAUCAACUUAUGCGAAUGUGUCAAUUGCAGUUACAAAUUUAGUGCAAGUUCGGAUUAAAAAGAAAUAAAUUUAUACACUAUAAAAAAUAUUAGACACAAAUGUCUGGUUAUACUGGACAAGAAAAUUAUUGGGGACAAUCUCCUCAAAGCCAUUAUAACUUUGAUUCCUCUGGCUUUGAUCAACCUAACCAACAAUUCGAAUUUCAAACAUAUAAUGAUCAACAAGCUGGUGAUUAUUCAUACGCGCAAAAAGGUUAUCCUGUUCUCGAUCCUGUUCAAAGUACAUUUGCUAGUGGAUCAACUGGAUUUGUAGACGAAGAAGAAGAACCACCUCUGUUAGAAGAAUUGGGCAUCGAUCCUGAUAGAAUAUUACAAAAAACAUUAGCUGUAUUAAAUCCAUUUCAUAGAAAAGCACAAAUAGACGAUGCGAAUUAUUUACUUCAGGAUUCAGAUUUAGCUGGACCAGUAGCAUUUUGUUUAAUGCUCGCCGCGUUUCUCCUAUUAGCUGGUUCAAAAGCACAUUUUGGUUAUGUUUAUGGUUUAGCUGUAACAUCGUGCAUUUUGAUGUAUAUCUUGCAAUCGUUAAUGAGCAGUUCUGGUAAUAUUACAUUGUCUUCUGUGGCAUCUGUGUUAGGUUAUUGCUUAUUACCUGUAGUAGUCCUUGCUGGUUUGAGUGUUUUUACAACUUUGAGAGGCCCGAUCGGCUUAUUUCUUGCCAUGUUUGCAGUUGCUUGGUCAACUUUAUCCGCAUCUAGGCUCCUUACAACUAUGUCAGGAGAAGAAAAUCAACGGCUUCUUAUUGCAUAUCCUUGUGGUCUCCUUUAUGGUGUUUUUACAUUGAUGAUAAUAUUUUAGCAAAAUUUGUAUACUUUUGCUACCUUCUUAUAUAAAGCUACUCAUGAUUAAAUAUUUAAUGCAAUAUAUAACAUAAUGAUAUAUUUGUGUGCUGCAUCACAUAAAUAUACAAUCACAUUUAUACAAUAUUAUCAAUUACAAAUAAAGAUCAAUACAUUGCUGAACAUGCAUUGUUACUUAAAGCAUCUCAUCUUGAAAAUGUAUCAAUGUGACAUUUUAUAUAUUGUAAUAAUGUAAUUUACAUAUAUGUACAAUACAUUUUCUGAAUAUAUUACCGUAAGUUAUUCAAUUAUUUUAUAAGUUUUAAAUAAAUUGUACAAUAACCAACUAUUGUUCUCAUCUUUCAUAUCAGUGUGAUAUUGGAUCGUGUAUAGAUUAUUCUAUCAUUUCUACCACUUUAGUGUAAUUUAUAAAAUCACACAAGUAAAUAAAUUUGAAUCAGAUGGAUCAAAUAUCAUAUAUUUACAAAGAAUGACAUGUGCAUAAAAAUAAAACUUAUAUAUAUAACUUAUACAUA